GCGGAUCGAGGCUACGCACAGGUUGGAGGCGGGUCUGGGACCUCUGAGGCCGGACCCUGGUGCCCCCUGCAGCCACCACAGACCGAGGCUUGCACUCAAAGGCUGCGUGUCGGGGGCCAGCGCCAUGUCCGCAGCUGGGGUCAAUACAUCCGCCUCCUUUGCCACGGACCGGCUGAACAGCCCAGUCACCAUCCCAGCGGUGAUGUUCAUUUUUGGGGUGGUGGGCAACCUGGUGGCCAUCGUGGUACUGUGCAAGUCUCGCAAGGAGCAGAAGGAGACGACCUUCUACACGUUGGUGUGCGGGCUGGCUGUCACCGACCUGCUGGGCACCUUGCUGGUGAGCCCGGUGACCAUCGCCACCUACAUGAAGGGCCAGUGGCCUGGCGGACAGGCGCUGUGCGACUACAGCACCUUUAUCCUGCUUUUCUUCGGGCUGUCCGGCCUCAGCAUCAUCUGUGCCAUGAGUAUCGAGCGCUACCUGGCCAUCAACCACGCCUACUUCUACAGUCACUACGUGGACAAGCGCCUGGCCGGCCUCACUCUCUUCGCCGUCUAUGCAUCCAACGUGCUCUUCUGCGCGCUACCCAACAUGGGCCUUGGCCGCUCGCGCCCGCAGUACCCGGACACCUGGUGCUUCAUCGACUGGACCACCAACGUGACAGCGUACGCCGCCUUCUCUUACAUGUACGCGGGUUUCAGCUCCUUCCUCAUCCUCGCCACCGUGCUCUGCAACGUGCUGGUGUGCGGUGCGCUACUCCGCAUGCACCGCCAGUUCAUGCGCCGCACCUCGCUGGGCACCGAGCAGCACCAUGCGGUCGCCGCCGCCGCGCUGGCCUCUGCCUGUCGGGGCCACGCCAGUGCCUCCCCAGCAGUGCCGCGCUUCAGCGACUUUCGCCGCCGCCGGAGCUUCCGCCGCAUCGCAGGCGCAGAGAUCCAGAUGGUCAUCUUGCUUAUUGCCACCUCCCUGGUGGUGCUCAUCUGCUCCAUCCCGCUCGUGGUACGAGUGUUCAUCAACCAGUUAUAUCAACCAAGUGUGGUGCGAGAAAUCAGCAGAAACCCAGACUUACAGGCCAUCCGCAUCGCUUCUGUCAACCCCAUCCUGGACCCCUGGAUAUACAUACUUCUGAGAAAAACAGUGCUCAGUAAAGCAAUUGAGAAGAUCAAAUGCCUCUUCUGCCGCAUUGGUGGGUCCCGCAGAGACCGUGCAGGACAGCACUGCUCUGAGAGUCGAAGGACAUCCUCAGCUAUGUCCCACCACUCGCGCUCUUUCUUCUCUCCGGAGCUGAAGGAGAUCAGCAGCACCUCUCAGACCCUCCUUUACCUGCCCGAACUAAGUGAAAACAGUCUUGGAGGCAGGAAUUUGCUUCCAGGUGUGCCCAGCAUGGGCCAGACCCAAGAAGAAAGCACGUCACUGAGAACUUUGCGAAUAUCAGAGACUUCAGACUCCUCACAGGGCCCCGACUCCGAGACUGUCUUAUUGGUAGAUGAGGUCAGUGGGAGGAACAGGGAUGGGCCUGCCCCUAAGGGGAGCUCCCUGCAAGUCACAUUCCCCUGUGAAACACGGAACUUCUCUGAAAAGUGUAUAUAGUAGUCAAAGAAAAAAAAAAAAAAAUACUGCACUGUUUCUGGAACCUUACAAAAUCCUGUGCAAUAGACACACAAGUGAAGCAUUUAGCUGUGCUCAGAAGCGCCACCUUCAUCUUCAUCUUGAGGCUCACCUUAGAGAACACAGGCACUCCUGAGCAUUUUGAAAACACUCAAGUUACUUCACGUGAGUCCCAAGGCCUGCAGCACAGUAGACACCCCGCCAUGACACAGGAUUGCAGGCACAAGUGGUUGGAUGGGUGGGAAGAGCUACCAUUGGGUUUUCUCCUGGAUAGGAAAAUGGCAGGAGCAUGCUCUUUUCCUAACAUCAAAAGCUGUACACCCAGCACCCCGAAGAGGCUCAGCUACUGGAAGGGCUCUGUCCAACAGACUCUGAGGACUACCUUAUGGCUGAUCUAAGUGUCUCACUAAAGCAUGAAAUGUGAAUUUUUAUUGUUGUAAAUAUUUAAGGUAUUUAAAGUAUUUUCUUCUCUGUGAGAAGGUUUGUUGUUAAUACAAGGUAUAAUAAAGUUACGGUAACCCCUUUCCUCCCAGUGUAACCAGCUGAAGUUGCAGAUGUUAGCUUUAUUUUUCAUAUACAAGUUCAGGCAGAGGUGUUGAAACUAAAAACUAAUUAGUGAAACAAAUAUCUAUAAAAUAGAUGUAACUUUAAGGAGUUUAAUAUCAUCAAAAGAAUAAAGAAAAAAUGCCAUUUAAGAUGUGAAAACUAUAGUUCAAAAUAUAGUUCUUUCCAAGCUAUGUCUAAUAGUAAAAAAAUUCAGUGGCAUCACAUUUAUUUAUCCAGAAAACGAUGAUUUCAAGUCUUAAAUAUUUUCAACUACUGCCCCUACUAAUUGCUACUUUUCAAAAUAUCACAAUUUUUAAGUCUUUACUCAUUCAUAAUUGAAGUGUAUAAUCUAAAAAUGAAAAAUCAAAGCAUCUUUUUUCCUCCAUGAAAGUGUGCAUACUUCUGUUUGCCUAAGGAGUAACCGAGAAUAUCUUUUAAAUUUAAUAUAAAGACAAACUACCAUAGACAUAUACUUUGAGAUAAAGAAGGAUCUCAGAUGUGGUUAAAUUUGCCUUUCAUGUGUGUCGAGUUUAACAAUGUAAAUGUGCAGAACUUAGGCACGUAAGAGUCACCUCCCAACAGUUUUGUGUGAUACCCAGUGACUCUGUUCACAUAUUCAAGACCUUUUUCAAAGAAAUAUUAAGCAUGUUUUGUUGCUUAAAGUGUUUUUGUGAAUUGCUUGGUUGUGAUUCAGUUCUGAGCCUAAUAUUGAUAUGGUUUUAAGAAAUUAUGCCAACAGAAAUUAUUUUGGAGAUAAUAAUAAAUAAAUGCAUUCGAGCUGA